AUGAAGGACUUUACGUUAGCCCUACUGCUGAGCGCUGCCCUCAGCAGUGCCCUGCCACAGGAGAUUGACUGGGACGCGGUCGAAGCACUGAAACCGAUUCCGACGGCUUCGAUCCCAAUUGUCAGCGCGGCAGCUGCAGCAACCACAUUCGCGAUCAAUACAGCCUCUGCUGUUUCUGCCGUGUCCUCAGCGGUACUCGCUCGCCCUUCGGAGGCCAUCAUCGCUGCUCGUCACGCAAAGCAUCAUGUGCGCCACGCUCAUCUUGCAGCACGGGACAACACCACUUCUAGCGACAACUCCAAGUGUCCUCAGAAACCAGCAGCAGACGAUACCCCUGACGCAUUUCUGCAGAUUGGGACUUUCGCCCAGACUGCCCUGAAAGCAAGCGCCCCGGCCGGUUACAGUCAAGUUUAUGUGAACAAGAACGGCUCCAGCGAGUUCAUCUAUCCGUACAUGGGUUUCACAACUCUUAGCUCCUAUGAUACAGCAGAAUGUUCAAAGCGAUGUGAUGCCAUCAGCGGCUGCCAAUCCAUCAACAUCUACUUCGAGCGCGACCCCAGCAUCGAACCCACAGCCGGGUGCACCAACCCAGCAUCCUCCACCGUGAUCAAAUGCGUCUACUGGGGCAGCCCCGUGACGCCCGACUCAACAACCAACACCGGCCAAUGGCGCAAAAACUUCAAAGUCCUCGUCGCCGGCUCAAACGGCUACGUCAACACCACACACUCCCACCCGAAAGGCUACGACGACCUCAUCUACCUCAACAACUCCGCCAUCAUCGCACCCCCCAACUGCCGCGGCUACGAAACCUACAUGGGCGUCAAAAUCUUCCAGAACAAACCCUUCUCCAUCGACCUCUGCGCCAGCGCGUGCUCGGCGUCGAGCGAGUACAACCGCGCCCAUCCGGAUAAAACCGGGUAUUUCCAGACGUGCCAGUUCUUCAACACGUAUAUCUUGUACAAUGAGACGAGGUCGGUGGGACAGUAUUGUGCGCUGUAUAAUGAGACGUGGGGGAAGGAGUUUGCGACGAAUUUUGGGCAGUGGAGGAAUGGGAGGAGGUUUACGCUGGGGAGCAGUUGGAUGGUGUCGAAUAGUACGGGGGAUUUCGAUAAGCCGAGGGGGUGUGCGAAUGGGCAGACGUGUGAAUGA